AUGGCCGCGGAGUCGGAAACAAGCUGUGAGUUUGCGUCACCAAAAUUCUAUGCCCUAUGUGGUCUUGGUGGCAUUCUUAGCUGUGGCACAACCCACACAGCCAUCGUGCCUUUGGAUCUUGUAAAGUGUCGCCUUCAGGUCGACAAAGCUAAGUAUGGGAACUUGACCCAAGGUUUCCGUGUAACCAUCAAAGAAGAGGGACUUCGUGGCCUGGCUCGUGGAUGGGCACCCACGUUUUUCGGAUACUCCCUACAGGGUCUCGGGAAAUUCGGCUUCUAUGAAAUCUUCAAGCACACGUACUCUGGCAUGCUCUCAGAGGAAAACGCAUUCCUUUGGAGGACAUCAGUCUACUUGGCUGCAAGUGCUAGCGCGGAGUUUUUCGCUGAUAUAAUGCUCUGCCCGAUGGAAGCACUGAAGGUGCGUAUCCAAACGAUGCCUGGCUACGCCAACACCCUGCGCGAGGGUUUCCCGAAAAUGCUCGCAGCUGAAGGAUUCGCCGGUUUCUACAAGGGCAUUGUUCCACUUUGGGGCCGUCAAAUACCCUAUACUAUGAUGAAGUUUGCGUGCUUCGAGAGAACAGUCGAGGCACUUUACAAGCACGUAGUACCGAAGCCGCGUUCGGAAUGCAGCAAGGCGGAGCAGCUUGUAGUGACUUUUGCUGCCGGUUAUAUUGCUGGUGUUUUCUGUGCUAUUGUGUCUCAUCCACCUGAUACAAUUGUGUCGAAACUGAACAAAGACCCGAACGCCAAACUGGUUGAAGUUGCCAAAAACCUCGGCUUGCGUGGCAUGUGGACUGGUCUUGGACCUCGUAUAAUCAUGAUCGGUACAUUAACUGCUCUUCAGUGGUUCAUCUACGAUGGAUUCAAGGUGGCAAUGCGUCUUCCUCGUCCACCACCGCCUGUGAUGCCAGAGUCACUUAAGGCCAAGCUGGCUGCCCAUCAAAAUUAG